CCUUGUAUAUAAGAUCACAUCGCAUCGCUGCACCAAAGUAAUCACGAUUUAUACACCUGCACUAAUCAUAUCAUCAUUUAUUCAACAUUACGACGCGUAUGUAUGUAUCAUUGUACCUGCAUCAACGACCCCUCCCUUUGCCCUUCACCAUCUUUUGCUAAUCUUACAACAGACACGGCUUUUGUUUUGCGAAUUGAUCAUCAUUAUUUGCAGGGUUCAAAUCACCUCACUUACUUCAAAAAUCACUUACUUCAAAAUUCACUUACUUCAAAAAUCACUUACUCCUCACAGGUAAAGACUUACAAUUACAAUGUGCAUCUCCAGUUCUCAACCCUUACAAGUUAACUGUUAAUCUAAUCCAUCUUUGCAGCAACUAAUUAACUUUAACAAACUGAUUCCAUCGAGUGGUUUCGCCAUUUUCCCAGUUCUAGAGUUCGCUCAAGUAUCAAUAACUUCCUUCUUCUUUCCAAUAAAACUUUGCAUGCUCCCAAUGUGCCGUCUUUCAUCAUCCUAGGUUAUCAAUUCGGUAACCAAAUCAAAAAGAGCAAAGUCAACAAAUGCAUCAAAAAUUACAUGCUUCAAUCCGGUCUGUGGUGGAACAACCAAGAUAUCUCAACAUCUUAUGAGCACUCCCGCGAUUUUAACGUGUCAAAGAGUCAUUAUUCAUUAUUCAUUAUUCAUUAUUCAUUAUUCAAUCUUCAACAAUAAAACUACUCUAGACUGUCUAUGUAUACGAGUAUCCCGACUUCCCCCAGUUCUUUCCUUAAUUUCUCGAAUUCUUUUUGAGGCACCGAGGUAAAAAUACAUACCCACGGCACGGGGAUUUUACCUUCUCCAUCUCCCUCCGCAUUUUCAUCAAUCCUCAUUCCGGGGGAGAGUACCUAAAAAGGAUACUUCUCUCCACAAUAGGGUAUAAUUCAGCCACCACCAGAAACUCAAAUUUCGCAGGUAAGAUCUCAUGAUAUCCUUCCAACAUUCAUUCGUUAUUACCGAGUCGGCCCCGGUAUGCAUUCGAGGACAUUGCAGUUAAAAUCAUACAUACCUACAUUACGAUGCUGGUAAAUACCUCUUUUUGACAAGGCCUUCGCAGGGCUAAACCAUUUGUCAUUUGAUUUUGUCAUCCGACGAUAUAAUCAAUUUGUUGGCGACAACUGCAGAUCUAGUGUCUGCUUCAUGGGAUGCUAAUGCUGACCUUGGACAGUUGACUUGCAUAGGGAGAAAUCUUGGUGCCCAAAGACUAUCUACUGCACAAUGCAAAACCUACCACUGAGGAAAGCUUCUCUGAAUCAAAGUUUUGAUAAAGCGAUUCCUAUAAUAUUACGACCACUAUUUCGCGCUUAUAUCUUGGGUUAUGCAUCAAGCGCAGGACCAAGACUAUUAACUCUUUUCUUGAUCCACUUGAGUCGACAUCGAAAGAAUAUUGAUCCAAGACCUGUAGGGGAAGAUUACUUUUGGAGUUCAUUAGUUCAGAUUUUGAAAGGGGGGUUAGAAAUACAGAGGUUUCCAACAUUUUGUGCCGCCCUGGUUGGUGGAAGUACUUUACUACAGGCACGUGAGCUCGCCAUGGGAGGCGAGCAUGUUGCUGACUUAAUGCCUAGAUUCCUUUACGAGCGGUGUUUGAGAAAUUAUUGGGAAAUCUGCCCAUAAUCACACAGCUGAGGUAUGUUGGUCUUAGAUACGUAAAAUAAGCCACACCGGAUGCGAGGUAAAGAGCAAACGGAACCAGAAAGGGACCGGAUGUCUGCAUCAUGUUGCGGCUUUGGCGCCCUCUACCCGCAUCUUUUGGCACCAGAAAUCAUAGUAUCAAUUUUGAAGUCCUCGUCCUAACAAACAUUUUUCCAGGCUCACUCGAUACCUAUCAACAUUGAUAUCAGCUUACUUCAGUCUACAACUCCUCCAAUCACGUCCAAGUAAAACCUUUACUGAAGACCUUCCCCACGAAACGAAGAAUGGCGUAGAGCUUCGGCCCACUAGGUUUGCGGGAAGAACUCUGGAUUUGACUCUCUUUGCUUUCACUCGAGCUCUUGAUUGUGUCGUUGGAGAAUUAUGGGCUCAACGUAAGAGCCGACGACAAGCCUCUGGGAAGUGGUCGAGAGUAAGUUUUUGCUCACUCGCCAACAGCAUAUGAAUUCAGUAAAAGGCUAAAUACCCCAAUAGUUAGAUAGGAUGAUAUCAUCCAUCACCGACCCGACCCUGUUCGCAAGUUCCUGCGCUCUAAUCAUGUGGGCAUUCAUUUACACACCCGCCCGACUUCCCCUCGCCUACAACAAGUGGAUUAAAUCCGCCGCUCAAGUGGAUUCUCGUUUACUUAAAGCUCUUCGCUAUUGUCGCUAUGGUGAACUAAAAUAUGGCGUUGAAACGGGUCAAGCACACCUUCUAGGAGAUAUGUGCAAAGAUUAUGGUCUACCAGAAGAGUACGGAGAUCCAACAAAAUCGAUUCCAUUUCCUUGUGAAUUAGUCCACAUGGGUGCGGGUCCGAACUGCGAAUUUCACGCCGUGUCAAGAUUCUAUAAAUCAUUCAUCUGGUCUGCUUCAAUGUAUUUGCCACUGAACUUGGCACUUCUUCUCCGCAAUCCAAAAAAUUCUACAAAAGCCUUUGCCCACGCCCUUAAAUCAUCAGCUCGUUCCUCGGCUUUCCUUUCUGCAUUCAUAACGCUCUUCUACUACGGAAUCUGUCUCACUCGUACGAGAUUCGGACCGCGUGUAUUCGGUACCUGUCCGCACGCCUGUCAAGCCAUCGACUCGGGUUAUUGUAUAGGAGCCGGAUGCUGGAUGUGUGGAUGGAGUGUACUUAUAGAAAGUGCAAAGAGGAGGGAAGAAAUGGGGUUAUUUGUUGCCCCGAGAGCGCUGGCGACCUUGCUGCCGAGGCGAUAUAGAUGGGAGGAGCAAUGGAUUGAGAAGGCUGUUUUCGCCUGGGGAACAGCAGUCGUUUUUACUUGUGUGGGGGAGAACAAAGAUCGGAUUAGGGGCGUGCUGGGGAAGGUAUUGAGUGAGGUUUUGAACGCUGGCGGUGGGUUCUAGGGAGGCCGGUUUCAAUGGAUGUACCAGUAAGCGCCUAAAAUAUAACUUGGGGCAUGAUUCAGUCGAUGAGUCUUUAUGACCUGUGAAGAGUGAGCUUAUAUGUUGAUGGCGGAAGAUUGAAUAUUGUACAACAAUACUACGAGACUCCAAUGAAUUUUUCCAAUUCCACGGUAUGACUUUAUUUGUUUUGUAUUUGUGCUUUGGUUGAUUACCAUGGGUUCUUCAAUGACUUGAAAGUUCAAGUCAUCAAACCGUCAGGUGCGGUAACCUCGAGAACGUUUUUUUUACAUAGCUGGAACAGUUAUCUCCCAAGAAGUACUGAAACAUUGUCGUUGUAUUUCAGGAUAUCCUUAAGACUGAGGCUCUCCAGAACUAGUAAUAUCAAUGCACUGAUAGACAAAUUCAGAACACGGAAUGAGUUAGAUCGAUGGAAGACUUAUUGGAGCGUGGUAAGUUUGAUGGUGCAGCCAUACAAGUGAAGGCAUGGACAACAGGACUAAUGAAAUUCGAAGUCUUUCAUGGCACACUUCAUGAAUAAUAUGAGGCGGACUACCUAUCAGUAUCUAUGAGUUGCAGAUUAUUUCUGUGUAGUCUACAAACGAUAAAUUGAAGAAUUAUAUUUCAUUGAUCGGUCCCGGAAUUUCAUGAACAAUAACUGAACAUAAGUUUAAACUUUAAACCGUGUUGCACAUCAAAACAUUGGUCUUUAAACAGUUCUUGAACAACAACAGGUUGAUUGAGCAUCACAAUAAGUAUUGUUCGUACAAUAAAAAUAACACAAGA